AUGGGGAGACGUUAUUGCUCCGUCACCCUUUUCUGGUUGGCGUCCCUGGUCGUGCUGUGCCCAGCGCUCUUGGCUCAACCAGAGACGGCUGUAACCAUUUGCUCCGGUCAAGCCGGGGCCUGCGUGGUUCGCAACGGCAAUCUUCCGGAUUUCCCAUGGGACGGCCCGUGCUCGUGCUUGACCAAGGUGGUCAAUCUAACCCUCGUUGACCAGGGCAUCAUCCACCUGCCCGUGACGUGGGCCUCCCCGGGGGCCUUCCCCGAGCUGCGGCUUCUCAACCUCACCUUCAACAGAAUCAACGACCUUCCCCCCAGGUGGGGCGCCCCGGCGGCAUUUCCCAAGCUUGCGCAACUCUGGGCCUCCUUCAACCGGGUGCAAAUGCUUCCCGCUGAGUGGGGUACCAACGGGGCAUUCCCGGCGCUGGUUGAGCUGCGCCUUGGGUCAAACCAGAUCAGCUUCCUACCAGACGCCCCCGCCUCCUUGCCCUUCUUCCCCUCCCUUCGGACAUUCUCCCUUUCGAGGAACCAAAUCACCGGGAUCCUCCCGGCAUCGUGGGGGCAGCGCGGGGCCUUCACCCAGCUUCGGUUGCUGUCUUUGAUCGAAAACAGCAUCAGCGAACUUCCCGCAUUGUGGGGCGCGGCGGGCUCCUUUCCGCAGCUUACAGUUUUGGUGCUGGACAAUAACAGCAUCGCGGCUCUUCCGGAAACCUGGGGCACCAAUGGCGGCUUCCCCAAGCUGCAGGAGUUGUCAUUGGACCAGAAUCGGAUUGCUGCGUUUCCAGCUUCUUGGGCGACCAACACCACUUUCCAGUCCUUACAGACACUUACUUUGGUUGACAACCAGCUGACGACUCUGCAAGACAGUUGGGGAAGCUUGUCCACAUUCCCCGCGCUGCAACAGCUGUCGCUGGAUGGGAACCGCAUCGCCGCUCUUCCGAGUGCCUGGGGGAGCCCUUUCCGCUUUCCGGUGCUCUCGAAGCUGCGGCUGGUGAACAACGCCAUCGCGUCAGUGCCCGCCACGUGGACCACUCCGGGGGCAUUCCCGAACCUCGCCACCCUCGUGCUGGAAAACAACCUGCUGACGAAGGCUCCGGCAGUCAGCUCCGCUGCCACAUGGCCGUCCCUGCUGCUCUUGUCCCUUAGCGGAAACCGGAUUGCCGAGUUGCCGGCGGGAUGGGGCACCCCAGGGCUGUUUUCCAACCUCCGGUUUCUUGAGAUCGGGAACAACAGUCUCACUCGUCUCCCCCCUUCUUGGUCCGGCCCAAACAUUUUCCCGAGUUUGAGUAAGCUGGACAUCUCGGGUGGGCAGCUAGAGGAGUUGCCAGACGCGUUCUUCGCGAACGGCUCCUUGUCCAAUCUUGUUAAUGUCGACGCUUCGGGGAACCAUAUUUCUGCCCUUCCGAGCGCCUGGGGAACGCCCGGGAGAACAUCCUACAUCAUUGACUUGAACCUGGCGAACAAUAGGAUUGCCACACUGCCCGCAAAUUGGGGGCUCAAUAACACGUUCCCCUCCCUCUUGAAGUGGAACCUAAGCAAUAACCUGAUCGAGGAGCUUCCCGCGUCAUACAGCGACGGACGCUUCACCGUACUGUCGUCGUUAGACCUGGCAGGAAACAGGAUCCGCACCCUGCCGAUAGAGUGGGGCUUCAAGCGCGCGUUUCGACCACUAAACAUGCUUAACAUCAGCGGCAACGGUGUCACAAAGAUUCCCAACAGCUGGGCGUUUCUGACGUCAGGGAACAAUUCCUUCCCGAGCAUGGACGAGCUCACCCUUUCGGAUACCCCUGCACUCGCGGGCAGAAAGAUCGAGUCAGUCCUCCCCGGGUUCUGGACCCGCUGCAUCCAGUCCGGCGCCUACGGGUGCGCCGUCAACUUCCUCGGUAGCAACCUGAGCACCCAAGUGUCGGCCGGCGUCAAGCGCCAAGUUUGCUUCAGCAACAUCACGGUACUCUUCCGGGGGCCCCCGGGAUACGAGCUGCCGCGGCGCACCAACCCGGCUGUUGGCCGUGGAUUGGUGCCUAUCGUCCAACUCGACGAGAUCGAUUUGGGCCCCGAGGGGGCCCAUUUGACGGGCCUCCGGUUCCCCCCCCGGCCGGGCAACUUAUGCCGCAACGCGCGCGCCGCGCUCGUGAUCGGGCUCAUGUGGGGAUCAACCGGAGGGGCUCUCCUGCUUGGCAUGAUCGUCCUGCGAGUGUGGCACGCCUUCAAGCCGUUCGAGCCUCCCGCGUCGGGGGGCGCGCGGGCACACAGCUGGCAUAAGGGCGCACGCCUCUUCCUCUGGGGCAUCGGCGGCGCAGCCUGGCACGUGAUCGACCUGGCGCUCGACCUGCGAGUGCUGCGCGAUGUGUGGAUUCAACGGCUCGACACGUGGGUUAAGUGGGUCUUGCUGGCGUUCAUCAUCGCGCAAUACGCUGUUGCCGGGCUCUUUCUUGGGGCGUCUUGGUGGGGCGAGGCCUGGAGCGUGCCGCGCGGCGCCGCCGUGAAGCCUGGCGCCAAGCGGGCGGUUGUUGGCUUUCACUGGUGGCUGGUGGCAGACUACGCGUACUCCCACCCGGGGGCCCCGGCGCCGGUGGGCCUCCGACAAUUGUGUUGGGCGGUUGCCACGUGGCCGAUUGCGGUUGCAGCCGCGGUUGUUCUUGACGCGGCUGCAAUCUUGUUGCGCUUCGGCGUUCACCCAGUGGUUUGGGGGAAGGUCGUUUCUCUGGACGCCUAUGUCGCCGCCCGGGGCCUGGUUGAGGAGCUGUUCGAGGCGGUUCCGCAGGCGAUCCUGCAGAGCGCGCUGUACUUGCUGGGCAACUCCGCGGCGACCAAUUACUACAUCGACGACGCGAUCUUCAUUCCGUCGCUCAUAUGGAGUCUCUUGUCGCUCCUGAAGUGUCUUUUGGGUAAGUAUAAGGAUGCGCUAGCCGUGGGCACGUUGGCGCCCAAAUCCGUGUGGUACGAGCUCAGAAACAUGUGCCCCUUGUUCAUCGACCGGGGGGGCGUGCGCUCCGGCACCGGGGAGGAGGCCAACGCUGAGGAGGACAUGGUGAAGGAUAAAUACCCCUUGGCCACAUUUGCUUGA